AACUCCUAAAAUCAUGUUUGGUGCUGGCUUCACAGUAGUCUGUGUAUUCCUGAGAGAAGGAUUGUUCAGAUGUAUCCCGUGCUGCUUUUCUGUGUUUAUUUAUUGUUUUUUUAUGGAUCAACAAAAUCAGAUGAGAACAAUUGUGGUUUGUCCAGUCAAGUGCUGAAGCAUGCAUUUGUUUCAAUGAAUAUCAAGAAAAGUGGAUUUCACAGGGAGUUGGUCACCACUGUUGAGUUUAGUCCUGAGGCACCAAAUAGACUCAGAAUAUUGCUGUCCUACAGAUUUCCCAGUGGACUCUACAUUGAUCCAUACCAACUUGCACCUCCGAAAGAAGACCUCGAUUUACAGGUGCUGCUGAAUUCAGCAAUUGAUGUAGAAACUCCAGCUCACAUGUCUGCAGGAUUCACUGCACUUGUGUAUGUGUCUCUGGUUGGCAAGAAGCUCAAAUUCCCCAUCCUGAUCCAUGGGCGCUAUCACAAGCCCUCUCUUACUGAGGAGAAUUUUCAGUUGGUCCAAAUUGAACUUCCAAAUCUAAUGUUCAAAGCUGACAAUUGUACACCAGUCCAUUUUCUUCCACCUCACAACAUUGUGGAUGCACCAUGCACAUCUGUCAAUAUAAGCAUGUGCCAGUGGAUCAACAUUCAGAAUUUGCAGGAGCACAGACAUGUAACUCUGGAGAUGCCACUUGGGGAUGAGUCUGUGGUGAACCCUGUGUGUGCAGGAACUCUGCUUGUCACACUGCUAUGUUGUGUAGUUCUUUCAAGAAGAAUUUUGAAGGAUGGUCAAUGUUAGUGAUUGUUAAUGUCUAUUGGAAAAUAAAACUAGAGAGGGUACAAUUUCUGGGGAAA